AUUCCCUCUCUUUCUUCUCUUUUCAAUCUUUCUUGAUUCUCUCUCUCUCUCAAUCCAAGAAAAGAUUCAGAGAGAUACCCCCAUUGACCCAUCAAAUAUUCUUGAUCAAGAAGGAAAAAAGAGAGAGAAUAAUGGCACAAGCAAGGCUGAUGUUGAAGUACUGGAAUUGUCUCCUAGUAUUGUUGUUUUCUUUGAUGAGUAAUGUGGUUUUGAGUAAACCUAGUGUUGGAGUGAACUGGGGAACAAUGGCAACGCACCAACUCCCUCCAGACAAGGUGAUUCAGAUGUUGAAAGAAAAUGGGUUUAAGAAGUUGAAGUUGUUUGAGGCUGAUGAGAGGAUCUUGGCUGCUCUGUUAGGGUCUGAUAUUGAGGUUAUGCUGGCUGUACCCAAUUACAUGUUGCAGAAGAUGAGUGAAGAUCCUGAUGCUGCUGCUUCUUGGGUUGAUACCAAUGUCACUAGUUGGUCUUACCCUGGUGGAGUGAACAUCAAGUAUGUUGCUGUAGGUAAUGAGCCUUUCCUUCAAACAUACAAUGGGACUUAUCUUGAAAUUACCUUACCAGCACUGAGGAACAUCCAAGAAGCCCUCAAUCAAGCAAAUCUUGGGUCUAAAAUUAAAGCAACAGUCCCUUUCAAUGCUGACAUCUACAACUCCCCUGAAUCGAAUCCGGUUCCAUCUGCGGGCGAUUUCCGUCCUGAAGUCAAGGACCUCACAAUUGAAAUAGUCCAGUAUCUUCAUUCAAACAAUGCACCCUUCACUGUCAAUAUCUAUCCGUUUCUCAGUCUCUAUGGGAAUGCCUAUUUUCCAUUCGAUUUCGCUUUCUUCGAUGGAUCAAACCAGCCGGUUAAAGAUGGCAAUUUGAUGUACACCAAUGUGUUUGAUGCAAGUCUUGAUACACUCAUAUGGUCAUUAGAGAGAGCUGGAUACCCUGACAUGCCAGUCAUAAUUGGAGAAGUUGGGUGGCCUACUGAUGGAGAUAAGACUGCAAAUACCCAAAAUGCAAAGCGAUUCAAUCAAGGCUUGCUUAGGCAUAUUUUGAGUGAAAAUGGAACCCCAAUUAGGAGAGGACCACUUGAAGUAUAUAUUUUCAGUCUUAUUGAUGAGAACGCGAAAAGUAUUGCUCCUGGAAGUUUUGAGAGGCAUUGGGGGAUAUUUGAGUUUGAUGGGAAGCCAAAAUAUGGACUGGACUUGUCAGGUUGGGAGGAAAACAGGGGUCUAGUACCAGUAGAAGAUGUGGAAUAUAUGCAGAGACAAUGGUGCAUCCUUGAUCCACAAGCAACGGAUUUGGCAGAUUUGGCUAAGAGCAUUGACUAUGCUUGUAGUCUAUCAGAUUGCACUGCAUUAGGUUAUGGGUCUUCUUGUAAUCAACUGAGUGUGCAGGGAAAUGCUUCUUAUGCUUUUAACAUGUAUUAUCAGGUGAAUGACCAGAAAGACUGGGACUGCGAUUUCUCCGGGUUGGCUAUGGUCACAGAUGAGGAUCCAUCUAAUGGGGAAUGUGAGUUUCCUGUGAUGAUUGCUCAUGGACAUUCUUUGGCCCUUCACAAGCAUUCUUGGUGGAUAUCUGGUGUUUUUAUUCUUGCUGUAAUGGUCAUAUUUCAUUAACCAUGAAUCACAGUGAAUACUACAGCAUGAUU